UUCCCAGGGACCCCCUACCCCGUGAUGCUGCCCAGGCUGUGAACAGGGGAGGCGGCAACUGAGUAGGGCUGCCGGCAGCCGGGGCUUGGAGAGACAUGUGGACACGUGACCUCUAUGGCUCCCGCCUUCCAGAUCCUCCGCUGGGCCCUCGCCCUGGGGCUGGGGCUCACGUUCAAGGUCACACAUGCCUUCAGGUCUCAAGAUGACUUCCUGUCCAGCCUAGACAGUUAUGAGAUUGCCUUCCCCACGCGAGUGGACCACAACGGGGCGCUGCUGGCCUUCUCGCCCCCUGCUCCCCGGAGGCAGCGGCGGGGUGCGGGGGCCUCCGCCGAGUCCCACCUCUUUUACAAGGUGGCGGCCCCCAGCACCCACUUCGUGCUGAACCUGACCCGCAGCCCCCGCCUGCUGGCCGGCUACAUCUCCGUGGAGUACUGGACACGCGAGGGCCUGGCCUGGCAGCGGGCGGCCAAGCCCCACUGCCUGUACUCCGGCCACCUGCAGGGCCAUGCGGGCAGCUCCCAGGUGGCCGUCAGUACCUGUGGGGGCCUGCAUGGCCUGAUUGUAGCAGACCAGGAAGAAUAUUUGAUCGAGCCCCUUCAUGGGCAGGGCAAAGGAGUUCGGGGCCCAGAGGAGAGCGGCCCUCACGUGGUGUACAAGCGUUCCUCCCUGCGGCACCCUCACCUGGACACAGCCUGUGGGGUGAGAGAUGAGAAGCCGUGGAAGGGGCGCCCUUGGUGGCUGCGCACGCUGAAGCCUCCACCCGCCCGGCCUGUGGGCAAUGAGACAGAGCGGGGGGGCCAGCCGGGGCUGAAGCGCUCGGUUAACCGGGAGCGCUACGUGGAGACCCUGGUGGUAGCGGACAAAAUGAUGUUGGCAUACCAUGGGCGCCGCGACGUGGAGCAAUACGUGCUAGCCAUCAUGAACAUUGUUGCCAAACUGUUCCAGGACUCAAGUCUGGGAAGCAUCGUGAACAUUCAAGUCACGCGCCUCAUCCUGCUGACGGAGGACCAGCCCACCCUGGAGAUCACCCACCACGCCGGAAAGUCCCUGGACAGCUUCUGCAAGUGGCAGAAAUCCAUCGUGAACCGCAGUGGUCAUGGCAACGCCAUUCCCGAGAACGGCGUGGCCAACCACGACACGGCGGUGCUCAUCACGCGCUAUGACAUCUGCAUCUACAAGAACAAGCCCUGCGGCACAUUAGGCCUGGCCCCAGUGGGAGGAAUGUGUGAGCGAGAAAGAAGCUGCAGCAUCAACGAGGACAUCGGCCUAGCCACCGCCUUCACCAUCGCGCAUGAGAUCGGCCACACAUUUGGCAUGAAUCACGACGGCGUGGGCAACAGCUGUGGGGCCCGAGGCCAGGACCCCGCGAAGCUCAUGGCCGCUCACAUCACCAUGAAGACCAACCCCUUCGUGUGGUCCUCCUGCAGCAGGGACUAUAUAACCAGCUUCCUGGACUCGGGCCUGGGGCUCUGCCUGAAUAACCGGCCCCCCAGACAGGACUUCGUGUACCCGACGGUGGCACCAGGCCAGGCCUACGACGCGGACGAGCAGUGCCGCUUCCAGCAUGGCGUCAAAUCGCGUCAGUGUAAAUACGGGGAGGUCUGCAGCGAGCUGUGGUGUCUGAGCAAGAGCAACCGCUGCAUCACCAACAGCAUCCCAGCUGCCGAAGGCACCAUCUGCCAGACACGCACAAUUGACAAGGGGUGGUGCUACAAGAGGGUGUGUGUCCCCUUUGGGACCCGGCCAGAGGGUGUGGACGGAGCUUGGGGCCCGUGGUCUCCCUGGGGUGACUGUAGCCGGACCUGUGGUGGUGGAGUAUCCUCAUCUAGCCGGCACUGCGACAGCCCCAGGCCAACCAUUGGGGGAAGGUACUGUCUGGGGGAGAGGAGGCGGCACCGCUCCUGCAACACUGACGACUGUCCCCCAGGCUCCCAGGACUUUCGGGAAAUGCAGUGCUCGGAGUUUGACAGCAUCCCCUUCCGGGGCAAAUUCUACACGUGGAAGACAUAUCGGGGAGGAGGCGUGAAGGCGUGUUCGCUCACUUGUCUGGCCGAAGGCUUCAACUUCUACACGGAGCGGGCUGCCGCUGUGGUGGACGGGACCACCUGCCGCCCCGACACGGUGGACAUUUGCGUCAGCGGCGAGUGCAAGCACGUGGGCUGUGACCGAGUACUGGGCUCUGACUUGCGGGAGGACCGAUGUCGGGUGUGUGGGGGAGAUGGCAGCGCUUGUGAGACCAUCGAGGGCGUCUUCCAGCCCUCCUCUCCGGGCACCGGGUACUACGAGGAAGUGGUCUGGAUCCCCAAGGGCUCGGUGCAUGUCUUCAUCCAGGACCUGAAUCUGUCCCUCAGCCAUCUGGCCCUGAAGGGAGACCAGGAAUCCCUGCUGCUCGAGGGGCUACCGGGGACCCCCCAACCGCACCGCCUGCCCUUGGCUGGCACCACCUUUCAGCUGAGACAAGGGCCAGACCAGGCGCAGAACCUAGAAGCCCUGGGACCCCUUAACGCUUCUCUGAUCGUCAUGGUAAGAUCGGGGUGGUCGCCAGCGUCCGGGGGUGGAGCCAGAGGCACCCCAAUACACCCCCCAACACACACCCCCUUCCAGGUGCUGGCCCAGAGGGAGCUUCCUCCCCUGCGCUAUCGUUUCAACGCCCCCAUCUCCCGUGACUCGCUGCCGCCCUAUGCCUGGCACUACGCGCCCUGGACCAAGUGCUCGGCCCAGUGUGCGGGCGGCAGCCAGGUGCAGGCGGUGGAGUGUCGCAAUCAGCUGGACAGCUCGGCCGUGGCCCCCCACCACUGCAGCGGGCACAGCAAGUUGCCCAAGAGGCAGCGGGCCUGCAACACGGAACCCUGCCCGCCGGACUGGGUGGUGGGCAACUGGUCGCGCUGCAGCCGCAGCUGUGAUGCAGGUGUGCGCAGCCGUUCAGUCCUGUGCCAGCGCCGCCUGUCCGCUUCGGAGGAGAAGACCCUGGACGACAGCGCGUGCCCACAGCCGCGCCCCCCGGUGCUGGAGGCCUGCCAGGGCCCCGUCUGCCCCCCGGAGUGGGCCGCCCUCGAGUGGUCAGAGUGCACCCCCAGCUGCGGGCCGGGCCUGCGUCACCGCGUGGUCCUGUGCAAGAGCGCCGAUCACCGGGCCACCUUGCCCCCUGCGCACUGCCCACCCGCGGCCAAGCCCCCCACCACCCUGCGCUGCAACUUACGCCGCUGUCCCCCCGCGCGCUGGAUGGCCAGCGAGUGGGGCGAGUGCUCCGGGCCAUGCGGCCUAGGGCAGCAGCAACGCACCGUGCGCUGCACCAGCCACACCGGCCAGCUCUCCACUGAGUGCACCGAGGCCCUGAGGCCGCCGGCCACGCAGCAGUGCGAGGCCAAGUGUGAGAGCAGCGCACCCCCAGGCGACGGCCCCGAAGAAUGCAAGGACGUGAAUAAGGUCGCCUACUGCCCCCUGGUGCUCAAGUUUCAGUUCUGCAGCCGAGCCUACUUCCGCCAGAUGUGCUGUAAAACCUGCCAGGGCCGCUAAGGUGGAGCGGGGUCCCCCCCCCCCCAGGCCCCCCACUCCACUGUGGGCUGCAAGUGGAUCUGGCUGAAGGAGCCGGGAUUGAAGGGUGGGAGAGAACCGGAAGUUAUUUAUUGGGACCUUCCUGCAGACUCCUGGCUAGGGGAUGGAGAGUGGCUCUGCCUGUUCUGAGCUCCUCCUGAACCCCCCAAAAUCUUCUCCCAAAGUCAUAGUGAAGCCCCUGCCAGGAGGGAAUUGCCCAACCCCUAUGAUUGGAAUAUGUACUGUGAAGAGUGGGGUGUAGGGGUGUUUGUUCGCCAUGGGGUAGUGGUUAGCGCCACCAACACCUUCCACCUGAGCUUUCCUGUCCCCCCACCCCAGCUGCAGGGGUUGAGCAGGGCUGGGAAAACCUUUCCCAAGCUUGGGUCCUGUCUGACACACACACACGCACCCCAGGAUGGGGAGGACCCUAACAUCCAGAUGGCUUCAUCAUGGUGCUAUAUAGUCUACCCAGAGGUGCCCAGCCAUGGCAGAGAAUCUCUACAUCAAUAAAGUUCUGUCUUGUAUCCA